UUUGCGAGUAGUAAGCAGCGGUGUUAGUUCGUUAGUGCUGCUGGUCGUCUUCUUGCGAUUUUUCCUUCCAAAUUGAGACACCAGCAGUCAAUAGGCUUUCAAACCGACAACGGGUCGCGAUUCUUCUCAAGAAAUUGGUGGAUUAAAAACGUCCCAGUGGGGCCGUCGGUUGCAAUAAUUAUUACAAUCAUAAGAAGAAAGAAGAACCAGCGGGGAGCGUGUAGCGAGAACAAAAAUCCAACGAAGGUGCAAUAUUAGCUGAUUAGUGAUGUCUUCAGGUGUUUCCAAUUUGAAGCAGUGUGCAUGACGUUUGGGGUCCGGUGAGCGGGGGGGAAAUUGAUGAUACGGUGAAGCAUUACGCGAUUCCGACUCUGUUGGCCAACCAUAGAAGAAGAAGCCAAGUGCACGACAAGGGUUUUGGAUUUUUCUUCGGCGUUUUCCUAACCGAGGGUGAAAGGAAUUGGGAGAAUCAACAAUUCGACGGCACGAAAGUUGCUGCUGUGCUCGCGCUCCGGAGGAAGCUAACGAGCGGACAAAAGGAUUAGGAGGCCGGUGCUGGUUUUCGACGUGGCAGACAGGUUUUUGCAUCGCGUAUAGAAGCGUGGUUGAACUUCGCUGAAUAAGUUGCACGAAAAGUGGGAUUUAUUGUCUUGUUUGGCGAAGCAGUGGGCGGAGGAGCUGAAAUAAAAAAAUAUAUAAAGCGAGACAUCGGUCGCAUAUACGACGGAGAAGACGACGACCGAAAGACGGAUUUUCUAGCGCGACACUAGCGAAAGGUUAACAAGAUGCGACAACCUUGGCGUCGAGUGGAGAAGGUCCCGCUGGAGUGACCUCCGGCAACAGAGUGCAGCAACGAAUGACCGAACCGUCCACUUGGAAAGCAAGCGCGACACGCGAAAGCCAUAAACCCCCUCGUCCUCGACACGACGUCACCAGCUGCUCGCUCGGUCGCGUGCAUCGCCUCGCUGAUUUCCAUUCGGAGCCUCAACUAGUCCAACAACACCGUCCAGCAGCGCGAUGAGCGUCCUUGAAGUCCAGCGAAGAAGGCGGCGAGCAAAUCAAAUCUAAGCCAUCUUGGGGUGGCGCUUGAAGAGUGCUUUGGAGAAAGGGUCGAAGGUCACGCGAUAGGUUUCGCGGCUGGAACAAAGCACAGGCUGGAAAUAGCAUUGGCCUACUGAGAUUGGAUUGUAAUCGCGGCCUGUCGUCAUCCUUUGCUUGGGAUUGCCAUCGGCAGCAACUGAUUGGUUGCCCCGUUUGCUGAACGAUGAUGUUUGGUCAACGCAGUGAAAAGAUGGACCUGAACAACGAGAACAUUCAGUCCGCAUCGGAAAUUAUUGAAAACCGCCUCUACUUUGUCGCCUUCAAGAAGGACUUCAAGCCGCGGGGAACGUCCAACACCCACUACUUCAGCAUCGACGACGAGCUGGUGUACGAGAACUUCUACAACGACUUCGGCCCGCUGAACAUCUGCAUGCUCUAUCGGUACUGCCGACUGCUUAACGAAAAGCUCCGUUCGCAGCAGCAUGCCAAGAAAAAGAUCGUCCACUACACCACGGUGGAUGCGUCCAAGCGGCUUAACGCCGCCUAUCUGAUGGGAGCUUACUCAGUGAUCUAUCUGAAGCGUACCCCAGACGAAGCCCUAAAACCUCUGACGUCCGGCUGCAACGUCCUGACCUAUACCAAAUUCUGCGACGCAUCCUACGUCUACUCCGGCUAUCGGAUAUCGCUGUACGACUGUAUCCACGCCGUUGCCAAAGCGCUGGACGCCGGCUUCUUUCGGUUCGACGACUUCGAUGCCCAGCAGUACGAGUACUAUGAACGGGUCGAGAAUGGCGACUUCAACUGGAUUGUGCCGGACAAGUUUCUAGCGUUCUGCGGGCCGCACAGCAAGUCCCGGCUGGACAACGGCUAUCCCAUCCACUCACCGGAGACGUAUUUUGAGUACUUCCGAAAGUACAACGUGACGACGAUCAUCCGCCUUAACGUGAAGAUCUACGACGCAGCGCGAUUUACCAAUGCGGGCUUCACCCAUCACGAUCUGUUCUUCGUGGACGGGAGCACGCCGAACGAUGCCAUACUGAAGAAGUUUCUGACGAUCUGCGAGCAGGCGGAUGGGGCCAUUGCGGUGCACUGUAAAGCCGGACUUGGUCGCACGGGUACCCUUAUCGGAGCAUACCUCACCAAGCACUACAAUUUCAACGCGUUGGAAGCGAUCGCUUGGCUGCGACUUUGUCGCCCGGGGUCCGUCAUCGGGCACCAGCAGCAGUGGAUGCUGAGCAAAGAGGCAUACCUGAUGAACGAGGGAGUAGCCUACCGGAAGCGGUUGGCCAUUAGCCGAACUCCGAAGCACGAGUUCGGAAUCUACAGUAUUAAGCAGUACGACGAUUGUCAAAGCGAACCGGCAGAUAAAACCGAGGUCAGCCAGCGGAAUCCAUCGGUGGUGACGGUAAGGACGUUCCUUUCGACUUCGACGUCGUCGGAAUCGUCCUCGAGUGCGUCUUCGUCGGCGACUUCCUCGACGACGACCACUCCAGUCGCGAACAAGGUUCCGAUUGCAACGGUCGCCGGAGGCUGCAACAACAACCGGGUGCAGAUGCUGCUGAAGGAGCGCGUCCGAGGGAUUUCCCACAAGGUGGACACCAUGCGGUUGAACGAUGAAAAGGAUCAGAAGCAGAGCAAUAACCUGAACAACAACUUCGAUGGCGGAACGAGAAACACCGGUUUGAUCGUGGACGUGGUCGAUGGAGUGAAUUCGCCGGCUUUAACUGCGAACGCGAAGUGUGCCACCAUUCCAGUGACCCGGCGGUUCAAAACGGUGCGCGAUAGCCGGUUGAUAGCGUUGGAGCAGUCGCAGCAGACGCAGGGUGACAAGCUGAAUCAGAUCAAGGCCAUGCGGAGGAGACCGUCCCGAUCGGCCAACGUCAUCACGCAGUGUCAUGACGAAACGAUCGCUAACAAUCGUUUUAAUUUGAAUCACGUGCAUCACUACCAUCAUCAUCACCAUCAUCACCACCAUCAUACUCGUGCUAAAUCUCAACCAUUCCGCAACACUGCUGCCGCAAUUAAUCCGAACAACAACACCACCACUACAACUACAACCAACAACAACAACAACAAUGCUACCGCCCUCAACAACAACAGUGAUCGAAUCGCUGCUGCUGCUGGUGCUACCGCUGCAAAUAUGCAAGCCAAUAAUCUCUUGAAUCAAAUCGCCUCAUCCAACAACAACAACAACAAUCACAACGCCCAUCAUCACAAUCAACGCGUCCCGACAGCAACCGAAGCAGAAGCGACGGCAACAUCACCCAAACCAAUACCGUCCUCGGCAACGGCAGCCGAAGGAGUUCCUGUGCCACCUGCUACCACCGGCACCACCAGCAGUAGCUCUGCGAGCGAGUCGCCACCAGCGGAUACGGAUCGAGGGGGAAAGCAGUUAACAGCCAUCACCACCACUACUACUAAUACGACAUGUUCUAAUUCUAUUUCUAAUGCAACAACGACAACAACAACCACAACAACCGCAACUGGUACGGUUCCGAGUGGUGCUGGUACAGGAGGAUGCCACCCUCCAACCGGAUUAGUGUUGCAAUGCGCGACACGGGCGCAGAACAACCGGCUGUACAGCAAGAGGUCCGUCUCCGCCAGCCAACAUAUUCAGCAGCAGAAGAACCGCAAGAAUGUACAACCCACAGCGGAGGUGAUCCUCACAUCGACGACGACAUCCGGAAUCGCUGCCCUGACCACAAACAGUACAACCAUUGGGAAUGCAACCACCGCAGCCAUUGCCGCUACCACCGCCGGCCAUCCGGCAGCCAUCAUCAAACUGACGGUCAAGGACGAAGUCAAACCGCGGGCCUCGGUCCGGACGGUUCGCAACAAUAGCCUCGACAGCUACCACCACCACUAUCAGUACAUCAACAUACCGAACAUCAUCACCUACAAGCGGGGCCGAUCGAAGAUUCCGGCCUCGGCACGGUUACGAUCGAGCCUGGCAGAAUCGACGGCUGGCACGGGUGCCGGGUCCGGUGCCGGCGGGGGCAAAAAGGGAGACAGUUCGGUGGUGGAUGCCGACAUCCAGCUGAUCCUGAACAAACCGAUGACGAGGAGGAUGCGGAAUGCUGGCGGAGGUACCGCUCCGCCGCAACUGAUCUCGGCUUCUUCGAAGUCUGUAGCCACGGCGGCAGCGGCAGCGGCGGCUGCCUCUGCUGCCGUAGCCGAUGAAUUGAACGGAAAUGGAGGAUUGUCCACAUCGCAUCCGCUGAGCGGAGACGACCAUCGGAACAACAACGGCGACAUCAAUCUGGAACUGACGAGCCUUACCGGGACGGUCGGACAAGCCAACACCAACACUAAUAGCAGUAGCAGCGUGGUAAAGCGCAACAAACGAUCUCGAAGCAGUACAAAGAUUGAGAAGGAGAAGAACGACGAGAAGGGAAGCAAACUGUUGCGGAAGAAUGGCGCAGCCGGAGCGGGGACAACAACAAGUGGGAUUCCGGUGGCAACGAAGAUGGUGGGGGCCGGCGGCGAUGCCAAAGGAGUGACGGCCAGCAGCGUGGAGAGUAUCGCCUCGGCGGCCAGCACUCCGACGGCCAGUCUCACGAGGAACACCUUCAGCAGCAGUUCGCUGAACCGGAAGGCCGGCCUUGGGGUUAAGUCGGGCGGGCCCGCGCCGGGGGAAACCUGCUCGGCGAGCAAUUCACUGAAGACGCGGAAGAAAUGAAGAACGUACUAUUGAGAUGGUACGCGCGAACCAUGGUGGGAAUAGCAUUUCUGUAAUGAUUUAGUAAUACACUAAUCUUAGAUUAGUGGACUGCAAUUUUUUGGACUCUAUACGGUAACGACUGUAGGAGAUUAGGUAAGUAAGGGGAAUGUUCGGGGAACCGAUCGGAGUGCUGCAGCAGGGAAACGGUUUCUGUGAUGUGAUUCCUCAUCCAAUUGUCAUUUAUCAAACGUUUCGUUUUGUAUGUUUAACCCGUAAUCAUUUGCUCUACCUCUCAUUUCGCUGUCUAUCUCUCUAUCCACCUAGCAGUGCAUCUCGAAACGAUCCAGUGUUACGCUUUUGCUACUAUAAUUUACAUGAUUUUAUAAGUUAGUUGACUCGAUGAAGAAAGUUUAUAUGAUCUAUCGCAGCGCGAUCGUUAUGUUAAAGUGUGCUAACCUGGCUGAAUUGAAUUGUUUAUCGCAGUUUAUUGCUAUUUUAGGUGAGUCCGUUCUAUUUUAGAUUUAAGCUUUUCUGUAUAUUUACUUUACAAAACAGACGGAAUUGUGAAUACAUUGGUUUUUGGGACAAGUGUGCGAAUGAA